AUGUUCUACAAUCGACGUGCAACAGAAACGUCCGAAUCUGGCCCGGAGGGCGGUCUUCACCAGGCCGCCGCAUUAGCCGCCGCCACUCUUUUCAUCACGGCACAUCGAGCUGUCAUGAAUUCCGGCUUUACCCUUCGUCGGAAAGGUCUAUCAACAGAUGCGAUUAUCGUCUUCACCAUUGGUACCCUGACAACAUGCUGGACUGGAGCGGUUAUACUCAGUGGUGUUUUCUUCGACGACCGACCGUGCCGACAAGACUGGGAGCAAUGCGUUGCAAGAAUGGUUUUUGCACCAUGGAUAUUGCAGGUCCUCUUUUUGUUCUGGCUUUUUGCAUACGUGGAUGAGAUUCGCGUCCUACGUCAAUCACGAAAACCGAAUACUAAGCUGGAUGCCAAACCAUCGGACUCCAACGGCGACGUCAACGAUGUAGAAUCGGGAACGACCCACCAUCCGGCUUUUCAGUGGGCCCAUAUCCACAUCAACUGGAAAGGGCCAUGGAACAUAUGGCACAUGGAAUGUUCUCAAGGUUAUCUGAACUGGAGAGGAUCGAUCAGGACAUCAUACUUAAUCCUGCUUUACGCUGUUAUCCUCAUGGUCGUGUUUCCGGUGAGCGUUUUCGCUCUGAAGCAGGAGCUCUACACCCUCGGCCUACUCAAUAUUAUCGGUGUUGUCCUGUUCAUCGUCGAUGCUGCAGGCUCCAACUCAUACGUCCAAGCCCCACACAAAUAUACAAGAGAUACUCUCAGGGUCGUACUACAUACCAGACACCGGGAAGGCACGACAUACGUCUUGCCUUGUCUCGAUCGCGGCUUCGAUGCAGUAUGGGGCCCUAAGAUAGAAAACGAGAACCAGGCUCUAGACGAGGCGAUAGAAGCUUUUCAGGCUGAAGGAAGCUAUGGCGGAGGCAAAACAAUUCGCAUGGAAAAGGUCAUGGCAAACUUCAACACGGCUUCGAAUCUGACGAAAGACGACAUCGGUGCAUUAGCACGUUGGCUCUACACGCCUAGCCCUAUUAAUCCCAUGUGCAAGAUUGCGUGUAAGCGCAAAGAGAACACUCAUCUUCUCGCUUUUAGUGUCAUGAGUGCUCUUUGGCACGCGGAAUACCUUGUUAUGAUGCACACCGCCUAUCUGGACAAGGAUCUCGCGUCCAAAACAGCUAAGCUUCGGAACAUCAAAUCCACGGGACUCAACUUGGAUGUCAGUGAAAGUCAGAUAGGAAGACAGGAUGGCAUUGAAGGUUAUAAGGAUGCCGUGAAAUAUAUCUACCAUCUGUUCGGCAUCUUCGAUGAGGAAAAGAUCGACAAGGAUGCGCUUUCGCCAACCUCGCCUCUCCCCGAGGAGAGCGUUGUUUUCGGCAAAGUUACGUUCAAGACGAUUGAGGAAUACACCGCUGAGCUUUGGCAUAAGUGUCUCGAUGAGCAGGAGUCGGUGUUCGCGGCGUUCUGUGCUUUCGCUACAUACUGGAGCGCGGAUAUCGGAGACAAUCCCAGCGAAGGCCGACACCAGUUUCCUCUGCAAGUGCACGGUCGCGGAGGAGAUAUAGUAACAUGGCAUGUAAUUUGGAGGCAAGCUUGGUAUCAGGCAGUCAUCGCGCAGCUAACUGGCAUGAGCCCGAUUAUUACCAGCGCUUUCCUAGCUGGGAUUUUCCAGUAG